UGGAGUUCGAGAGACGCUCGCAAUGCUCCGCAGUUCCGCGCAACUUUCUCCAACACACCGUUCCUCAUGAACCGCGUCCAGGAGGAAAGUUUCCACUGUACUUCCAGAAGAAAAGUCUCCUGCAUUGGCUCUCACCGCCACAGCUAUGGAUUAUAUUUAUCUAUUCAUGUACUGUACGAUAAACCUCUUAUUUAUGGACUAUAGACAUGCUGCAAAAUCUCAUGGGAAUCUCUCCGGUAAGCUGAGUGAAUUCGGUCUGAUUGUCCCGUUCAGCACUGACGCUCGCGGCCGGUUCGUUUCUAACGUGCUUUCCGCGAGAGCGUCACCAACCGGCAGGAAACGGGUCCCGCGCGACGCCCCCGUUACGCCGCACACCACGGCACUGAACGCGCAACAGCUGUUCUUCAACGUCACUGUGUUUGGAAAAGAGCUGCACUUGCGCCUGAGGGCCAACAGGAGACUCGUGGCCCCUGGAGCUUUUGUUCAGUGGCAGGAGGAUUUUGAGGAACAGGCCAAAGAGCGGAUGCUGGGAGACUGCAUGUUUACCGGGGAUGUAACGGACAUGCCGAGGGCCUCAGUGGCCAUCAGUAACUGUGAUGGACUGGCAGGCUUGAUUCGCACUGAUGAUGAAGAGUUCUUCAUCGAGCCGCUGCAGAAAGGCCAGCAGGAGGUGGAGGUCAAAGGUCGCGUCCAUGUGGUCUACCGAAGGUCGGCCAUCAAAAGGGACAAGGAUCAGAGGCGAGAUGACCUCCACAAUGAAGUCACAGACUUUGGUAUCGCCGAGCUGCCCAACGCUCUCAAUGUGCUGGAGGAGAAACUGUCAGAGACGGAGCGCAAACGCAGACACGCCAAGAAAGACGACUACAGCAUCGAGGUGCUGCUCGCCGUGGACGACUCGGUCGUGCGCUUCCACGGCAUGAUAAACCCCGCCCCCGGGAACAUCUCCUCUGCUCGGCGUUGUGGGAGUUGUACCACCUGGAGACUGAUUUUUGAACAGCUGGACAAUGCUUGUGUUGUUGCAUGUGUCGAGAAGCAGCCCAGUUUUGUCCUGCGUUGGUGUGAUGCUGUACUCCGGCGAGAGAUGCUCAACACAGCUGCGUUUCUCAUCAUCGUUGAUGAAAUCUAUCACGAUGAGUCUCUGGGAACCAACAUCAACAUUGUGCUGGUCCGAAUGAUCCUGGUGGGAUAUCGUCAGUCCAUCAGCCUGAUUGAGCGCGGGAAUCCGUCCCGGAGUCUGGAGCAGGUGUGCCGCUGGGCAAACACGCAGCAGAGGCUCGACCCCGAGCACGCCGAGCAUCACGACCACGCCAUCUUCCUCACCAGGCAAGAUUUUGGUCCCGCAGGUUACGCCCCGGUAACAGGCAUGUGCCACCCGCUGCGGAGCUUCAACCACGAAGACGGCUUUUCCUCUGCCUUUGUGGUGGCGCACGAAACCGGACACGUGCUGGGAAUGGAGCAUGACGGCCAGGGGAACCGCUGCUCGGACAUAUGGUCCCGCUGCAGCAAACAGGAGCUCAACCGCUACAUCCACUCAUAUGACUGUCUUCUGGAUGAUCCGUUUGAGCUGAAAUGGCCUAAACUCACAGAGCUUCCCGGGAUAAACUACUCCAUGGAUGAGCAGUGCCGCUUUGAUUUCGGUGUGGGGUAUAAGAUGUGCACCGCAUUCCGUACAUAUGACCCGUGUAAGCAGCUUUGGUGCAGUCAUCCUGACAAUCAGUACUUCUGUAAGACCAAGAAGGGCCCGCCGGUGGACGGGACGGAGUGUGCACCAGGAAAGUGGUGUUUUAAAGGCCACUGCAUCUGGAGGUCGUCCCAUGAGCCCUACGGUCACGACGGAGGCUGGAGUUCCUGGGGAAAGUUCGGUUCGUGUUCUCGUACCUGCGGAGGAGGCAUUCAGUCCCGCAGCCGCCAGUGCAACAACCCUGUGCCUGCAUAUGGAGGUCGUGAUUGUCCGGGGUCGACGUUCGAUUAUCAGGUCUGUAAUACAGAGGACUGUCCCGGCCCAUACGAGGACUUCAGAGCGCAGCAGUGCGUCCAGCGCAGCAACAAAUACCACAAUAACAUCAAACACACGUGGCUGCCGUAUGAACACUCUGAUGAGGCUCAUAAGUGCGAGUUGAGCUGCCGCUCUACAGAGACGGGUGAAGUCGUCUUCAUGAACCAGGUGAUGCAUGAUGGGACGCGCUGCAGUUACACGGAUCUGUUCAGCGUCUGCGCUCGAGGAGAGUGUCUGCACGUCGGCUGUGAUAAGGAGGUGGGAUCGUACAAACAGGAGGAUAAAUGCGGCGUCUGUGAAGGAGACAAUUCUCACUGUCGAACCGUCAAACUCACGCUCACCAAAACCCCGAACAAGACAGGUUUGCUGAAGAUGUUUGAUAUUCCUGCUGGCGCUCGGCACAUUGUGAUCGAGGAGAAUGAAACGUCGCCUCAUGUAAUUGCUGUUAAAAAUCAGGUCACUGGCAGUUUCAUUUUGAACGCCAAGGGAGAAGAAAUCACGUCCAAGACUUUUAUUGAGAACGGCCUGGAGUGGGAAUAUUCGGUGGCAAACGGCAAAGAAUCGCUGAAGACCGUCGGGCCGCUGCACGAAGGCAUCGUGGUGCUGGUUGUCCCGCAGGCCGAGGACACCAAGAUCAGUUUGAGCUACAAAUACAUCAUUCAUGAAGAUCUUCUGCCGGUCAUCACCAACAACAAUGUUUUGCUGGCCGAACUGGACACGUACGAGUGGGCCCUGAAGAGCUGGUCGCAGUGCUCCAAACCCUGUGGCGGAGGUGUCCAGUACACUAAAUACGGCUGUCGGAGGAAGAGUGACGGACGUUUGGUUCACAGGAACUUCUGUGAGAUCAGUAAAAAGCCCAAACCCAUCCGGAAACGCUGCAACACCAACAGCUGCAGCCAGCCCACGUGGGUGUUGGAGGAGUGGGGUCCGUGCAGUAAAUCCUGCGGGAAGCUGGGAUAUCAGUCUCGCGUGGUCCAGUGCAUGCAGCCGCUCCAGAACGGCACCAACAGACCCGUUCACACUAAAUACUGCAGCGAGGAGCGUCCCGAGACCCGCAGAGUCUGUAACACCAGCGUCUGCCCAUCUCAGUGGAGGACCGGAGCCUGGUCACAGUGUUCGGUGAGCUGCGGUGAAGGGAUCCAGCAGCGGCAGGUCAUCUGCAGGCCGUCUGAAGGCAGCUCGGGACAGUGUGACGCAGACAAACCUGAGUCCGUGUCCGUCUGCAAGCUUCCUCCCUGCACAGGAGAGCCAUCUUUACCCAGUCCCACUAGAGAUUUACUGGACAAUUUGACCACUGAGGAGGAGAAACCAGCGGAAAACACUCUGGAUAAAGUCUCUACGGCUCCGCUCGUCCACACCACUAAAGCAGCUAGCAGGAGACCUCGGCUCACUUCCUCCAGCCCUAAAGCGGACGAGAGCACUUCCUGUCCCUCAUCUCUACCUCCAGACGCACUCCAGAUCCAGGACUCGCUCGCCUCGACCCGCCAAACCAGGGACUCGCCGGUCACAUGA